AUGGCUCCCUCCACCACCGCUGUUGCCCAGAAGGGCGACUUUUCGAUCGAUCCUGACCAGGCAUUGAAAGCGUCCAAGGCGCUCCUGGCCCACAUUAAGAAGACUGCCGAGGAGACUGCCUCAAGUUCGAACAAGAAGAACCUCCUGGAUGCAGCCGAUGGCGACCAGAGCCUUUCUGUGGCCGAGACGCCAGUCUGGCUGACUGUCACCACCAAGCGACACAUCCACGACUCCAAGGCGCUGAAGCCCAACAAGAUCUACCUUCCCCACCCUCUCCAUACCGAUACCGAGUCGACCAUUUGCCUGAUAGUGGCCGAUCCCCAGCGGCACUACAAGAACGUUGUUGCGUCAGAAGAUUUCCCUGAGGAACUCCGAAAGCGCGUCACCAGGGUCAUCGACUACAAACACCUGACUGCCAAAGUCAAGCAAUAUGAGGCCCAGCGCAAACUCCUGGCCGAGCACGACAUCUUCCUCGCGGAUGACCGCAUUAUCAACCGGCUACCAAAGGCGAUCAACGUCUUCUAUAAGUCGACCACCAAGCGUCCGAUACCAGUGGUCUUCCAGAGCAAGAAGCCCAAGGAACAGGGCAAACGGGUGAAGAGAGAUCCCAACGAGGUCAAUUGUCGCCCAGCGUCGGAGGUUGCCGCCGAGAUCCAGAAGGCGAUUGGGGCUGCCCUUGUGAAUCUGUCUCCCUCAACCAACACUGCUGUCAAAGUCGGCUACGCGAGCAUGCAACCGAAGGCAUUGUCCGAAAACAUCAUCAAGGUGGCGAACGAAAUGGCGACCAAAUUUGUGCCAAAGAAAAAGAACGGCGUGAAGAGCAUGUUUGUCAAGGGGCCCGAGACUGUGGCGCUGCCGAUCUGGCAGGACGAGGAGCUGUGGGUGGAUGCAGAGACCGACGUCGUCGCGAAUGGAUCCGAGCAGGCAAAGGCGAUCGAGGCUAGGAAGGAACAGGCUAAUGUUGGAAAGAAGCGGAAGUCAAUAGACGCCGCUUCAGACGAUGAGCCUAAGUCCAAGAAGGCGAAGAAGGAGGCUGUGGUCGAGGGUAACGACGACAAACUCGACAAGCAGAUCGCCGAGCGCAAAUCAAAGCUUCGAAACGCCAAGAAGAAGGCCAAGUCAGCCAUGGAGGAUUGA